AAGCUUUUUCGAGAGCUUGCGAUAAGCCACGCAAUCGGCAUAAUGUGUCAGCAAACAUGUCCUCCUCUGCUCUGCAAAUGCGAGAACAUCAAGAAAUCAUCUUACCUUCUCUCGGUGGAGGACCAAGAAGUGAACACUCCAGACCAAGAAGUGAACACUCCACUGGUCCUCAAAGCCUCACCGGCUCCUCCGCAACCACCCAACAGCACCCGUUUCCCACUCGCGCAGGCCGUCGAGGAGGCCAGGUCCAUCUGCCGCAUAGCCCUCCCCAUGAUCCUCACCGGCCUUCUCCUCUACUCACGCUGCAUGAUCUCGAUGCUCUUCCUUGGCCGCCUCGGCGGACUCACCCUCGCCGGCGGCUCCCUUGCCAUUGGCUUCGCAAACAUCACUGGCUACUCAGUACUCUCCGGCCUCGCAAUGGGCAUGGAGCCCAUCUGCGGCCAGGCCUUUGGUGCCAAGCGGCUUUCCGUCUUGGGCAUCACCCUCCAAAGGACCGUCCUCUUGCUCCUCCUGACCUCAAUCCCAAUCUCUCUCCUCUGGCUCAACAUGAAGUCCAUCCUGCUGUUCUGCCGCCAGGACGAGUCCAUCUCGGUCCAAGCUCAGUCCUAUCUUCUCUACUCCGUCCCUGACCUUUUGGCUCAAUCUCUGCUUCACCCACUGAGGAUCUACCUGAGAAGCCAAUCCAUCAACCUCCCCCUCACCUUCUGUGCCUCUAUCUCCAUUUUCCUCCACAUACCUAUCAACUACUUCCUUGUCAUACACCUUGGCCUCGGCAUCAAAGGCGUCGCACUCAGUGCCGUCUGGACCAACUUCAACCUCGUGGCAUCUCUGGUGAUCUACAUCAUCUACUCAGGCGUCUACAGGGACACCUGGGGUGGCUACUCACUAGAGUGCUUCAGGGAAUGGAGGCCCCUCCUCAGCCUCGCCGUCCCAAGCUGCAUCUCAGUGUGCCUCGAGUGGUGGUGGUACGAGAUCAUGAUCCUGCUUUGCGGCCUUUUGCUUAACCCUAGGGCAACCGUUGCAUCAAUGGGAAUACUGAUACAGACAACUGCGUUCAUCUACAUAUUCCCGUCGUCACUCAGCUUCAGCGUAUCAACAAGGGUCGGGAAUGAGCUCGGCGCAAACCGCCCUGCAAAGGCACGGCUCGCAGCAUCCGUCGGGAUUGGGCUCAGCUUUGUCCUAGGUUGUUCGGCAUUGCUCUUCGCUGUGACAGUGAGGAACCAUUGGGCUAGGAUGUUCACUGAGGAUGGGGAAAUUGCGGCAUUGACAUUAACGGUGCUACCAAUCAUUGGACUGUGCGAGCUUGGGAACUGUCCACAGACGACUGGCUGCGGCGUGCUGCGAGGAAGCGCAAGGCCCAAGAUCGGUGCUAACAUAAACUUGGGGUGUUUCUACCUGGUCGGGAUGCCGGUAGCAGUUGGGCUUGCAUUCUAUUGCCAUUUGGACUUCCGAGGUUUGUGGCUGGGGCUUUUGGCGGCACAAGCAUCGUGCAUGGCGACUAUGUUGGUGGUGCUAAGGCGUACGGACUGGGAACACCAGGCCAUGAGAGCUCAAGAGCUAACCAAGGCCAAGGCUUGUGUUGCUGUAGAUGAUGGUGGUGAUGAAGUUGAGGAAGAAGAAGGUAUAAAGAAGAACAAGAUGAAGCACAAUGAUGGUGAACUUAAGGAAGUUGAUGACUCACCCGUUUGAGGGGGAAAAGAAUUUCUUUUGAGGUUCUCAACGCUUCCUCAUUUUCCUUUUCCUUUUUCCUCAUUUUUCCGGGGAUUUCCUGGGUCAAUCUUGCAUUCUCAAAUGUGCAGUUUUGAGUGAGGAAAAGAGAGAACAGGAGGGGACGGAAAGAGGCAAAGCUUCUCUGUCUUGAAUAAUGCUAACA